AUGAGAUAGACCACAAUGGAUUUCAGUUCGUCCUCUGUGUUUGAUCAGCACAAAGGUGAAGCGGCAGAAGAGAUUGACUUGACGGUGGUUUACCAGGCAGCAGCUAAUGGUGAUGUGAACACACUAACUGCGGUGAUUCGAGAAGAUCCUUCCAUCCUGGAGUGCUGCGACAGUGAGGGUUCCACACCCUUGAUGCAUGCUGUGUCAGGACGCCAGGUUGAUACCGUGAAGCUUCUGUUGAAGAUGGGAGCCAAUAUUAAUUCUCAAGAUGCUUGUGGACGUACCAGUUUAUCUCUGGCAACUUACCUGGGUUGGCUGGAAGGCUGUGUCAGCCUGCUUAGAAACGGUGCGAAGCAGAACAUACCUGACAAAAAUGGGAGGUUGCCGCUACACGCCGCUACCGCAGAGCCUGAUGUGAGGUAA